AUGGAUUCUCGUGUUUAUGUCGUUCCUGUAAAACCUGAUUCGGGUCUCCAGAUUUUUUCCAUUGCCAAAAAGCUCAAUAUGAUGACGAGUGAUUACGUUUGGAUCACUACCGACUGGCUUCUGGCGGUUCUUGAUUCGCAAGAACCGCCAGAUCCUGACGCAAUGGGACUAGUACAGGGUGUACUGUCCCUACAUCGGCACACGCCAAAUUCAAAUUACAAAAAAACUUUCAUCACAAAAUGGAAAAACAUCAAAGAAAAGGAAACAAAUAGUUUCAAUUCAUACGCGCUUUAUGCGUAUGAUUCCGUAUUUUUCCUCGCACACACGAUCGAUACAUUCUUGAAAUCCAACCCCAAAAUCAUGUUUUCUUCCGACCCGAAACUUCAAAACAAAAACAGGUCUCCGGAAGGUGUUAGAGGGUAUAGUAUUGAUGUUUUUGAUGGUGCUGUGAAUUUACUACCUUACCCUAUGCCAAGGAAGUAUAUUCUAUAUGGAGAUGGUGUAUGGAACCCGAGUUAUAGCGAUCUUGUGGCUGCUGUUGUUGAAAAUAUAUAUGAUGCAGCAGUUAGAGAUGUUACAAUUAUCACAAACCGAACAAGAAUAGUUGACUUUACACAACCUUACAUGGAAUUUGGGCUUGUUAUUGUUGUUCCUGUUCACCAUUGAAAUGUGGCUCGUGACAGGUGCCUUCUUUCUACCUGUUGGGUUUGUUGUUUGGAUUCUAGAACAUCGUUUAAAUCACGAGUUUUGUGGGCCCCCGAGCCAGCAAAUCAUUACAAUCUUCUGGUUUAGUUUCUCAACCAUGUUCUUUUUACAUAGUAAGUAUUGUAUUGUCAAGAUAAAUGAUGUUUAAAAAGUAUUUGGAAAAAUAAGGACAUACUUGGGCAAAUGUAUAAAAAG